CUAGAAAUUAAUUCCUUAAGGCUUUAUGACUGUCUUUCCUUUUAUUCUCCUAACAGAUGAAUUUUAAAACUCUUCUAUGGCUUCUGAAAAUCUCACCAGGGUGACUGAAUUCAUUCUCUUGGGAGUCUCAGUCCGUCCGGAGCUCCAAGUUCCCCUUUUCUUUGUUUUCCUGGUGAUCUAUGGGCUGACUGUGGCAGGCAACAUGGGCAUCAUCACCCUCACCUCUGUGGACUCACGGCUCCAAACCCCCAUGUACUUUUUCCUUCGACACUUGGCUAUCAUCAAUCUCAGCAAUUCUACUGUCAUUGCCCCUCAAAUGCUGGUGAACUUCUGGGUUAAGAAGAAAAGCAUCUCCUACUACUGUUGUGCAGCUCAACUGGGUGGAUUCUUAGUCUUCAUUGUAGCUGAGAUUUUCAUGCUGGCCGCUAUGGCCUAUGACCGCUAUGUGGCCAUUUGUAACCCCCUGCUCUACAUGGUGGUGGUAUCGCCACAGAUCUGCCAUCAGCUAGUCUCCUUCACAUAUGUAUAUGGCCUUUUUACAGCUGUUUUGGUUCCAUCUUGUGCAUUCUCUAUGUUUUAUUGUUCUUCUAAUGUUAUCAACCAUUUUUACUGUGACAUCGUUCCUCUGUUAGCGUUGUCCUGCUCUGAUACGUACUUCCCAGAGACAGUAGUGUUUAUUUCUUCUGCCACAAAUUUGGCUGUCUCCAUGAUUAUAGUUAUAUUAUCCUAUUUUAACAUCAUCCUGUCCAUUCUCAGGAUACGGUCAGCAUCAGGAAGGAAAAAAGCCUUUUCCACCUGUGCUUCUCAUAUGAUGGUGGUCACGGUGUUUUAUGGGACAUUGCUAUUCAUGUACUUGCAGCCCAAAACUGACCAUUCAUUAGAUUCUGAUAAAAUGGCUUCAGUGUUUUAUACACUUGUGAUUCCUAUGCUAAACCCUAUGAUCUACAGCUUGAGGAAUAAGGAUGUGAAAGAUGCCUUAAAGAGGUUCCUGUCAAACCCAUGUGGUUCCUUAAAGUCAAUGUAA